CUUGUUACUAGUUACUACUCGAAAUUCCGCAGUGCACUGUGCAGUUGCGGGCACACUCUCAUAGAGUUGAUAGGGUACACAAUAAGUGAUACUAACAGAGCUGAUACAAGUUAAUAUUUGAACGACUGAUUACUGUAAAAUUAAUCAGUUUUUAUCUAACGCAGGACAUAACAGAUGUGUGUUAUUUCCGUGUGUUUUCUCCUGUGUAUAGCUGUGCUUGAUAUAUACGUCUAGACAAUAAAUUCUGGAAUAUUCCAGAGCAGCUUAUGCAACCGUAAACAGAGAGAAGUAAUGGCUACCCCGAUACCAAUUCCUGGUUCAUUUCCCCAUCGAUCCAACAGUUUAUCGUCCGAUGGAACCGGUAGUCCAGGAUCUCCGCCGGCGGGAACGUCGUUUUUUGGGAAGUCAAGCUCCGCCAAACGAGAGAAAAAAACAAGCGUUGUUGCCGCCCAAUCUCCACCUUCUCCCUCCACAGUGAAACGCCUUCUCAGAAUAAGGAAGAUGUCCGAGAUGUCCCGAAGUCCUACUGCUGGAAAUAUUACAACUAUACCGACAGAGGUCUCUGAUAUCAGUCUUAGUUGGACUAAACUAGUGAUAAACCAAUACAGGUAUCAUAAUAGCAAUAUUCAGUCUUUAUCAACCUUACAAUCAAUUUUUUCAAUCAUCUUAUCAGUUAACUCAACCGUCUUAUCAGUUUUAUCAAUCGUCUAAUCAGUUUUAUCAACC